AUGGCGGCCUUCGUCACCAACCUCUGGGACUCAAUCUUCACCCCAGGCCCGACACCGACCCUCCUCCGCGCCACCAACGCGACCUUUGCCGCCCUCCAGCUCCUCCUCGGCGUCCUCCUCCUCGCCACCUGGAGCAUCCACUUUGUCAUCCUCUCCUUCCUCAGCGCAGGCCUGUGGUACGCCAUCAACUGGUUUGUCACCGAGCUGGCGAUCCACGCGGAGCAGGAGGCCAAAAAGGCGCGCCUCGGUAGCGGCACCGAUGCAUCCACCGGCGGAGGGGGAGGAGGAGGCAACACGGCGGCAGCGCUCGGCGGCGGCAAUACCCAAGGAACGGAUGAUAGCGAUACCGAGGUCGAGGGCGGCGCCGUCGUGGGCGGGAGUAGGAGUGGCGCUCGCGGGAGGAAGACCGUCUUGGGCGGCAGUAGCCAGGUCGAGACGGCAGCCGAGCAGCAGCGGCCGGCCGACUUGAAGCGUCGCACCGCCGUUUCCGCCGCUGCCGAGUCCGGGGCUGAGGAAGCCACGAAUGGGGGCACGCAGUCGAGCGUGAGCACUGAGGAUGAGUGGGAGAAGGUUUCGGAGAACGAGAACGAAAAGGACAAAUGA